AUGCCAAUCGUGAAAACUGACGAGAUAACACGUUACGUACCGAUGGGACAUCAUAUCAUACUCAAUUGUGUAUCUUGGAGUUCAGCUGGAGUUAAUUAUGACAGCCAGAAUAAAAGAAUAAAAUGGGUAUUUCGUGAUGUUCAGGAACAACGUAGUAUACCUCUCGAUAAUUAUAACAGUCGAUUCUCCUUCAAUAAAACAGAUGGCCACCUUAUUCUUUAUACGGCACAAAAGGAAAACGAAGGUAUCUAUGAUUGUCACGUAGGUUUAACUGAAAGCGUCGAAUGGGUUUCACGAAUUAAUCUUUAUGUGCAAGAUUGUGAUGAAGAACGUGAUCUAACAUCAUACCGUAAUGUUAUGAAUCCAUGUCUUUAUGGUGGUUGUACAAUUGAUACAUUUCCUAAUGCACCACUUUUGAAAUAUUUGAAAUGCAAUUGUAUUUUACAAUAUACAGGAGAAUUUUGUACUGAACUUGUUGAUGGAGCUGUGGGACGUGAAAUUCUACGUUUUUCACCAUUUAUAGCACAUAUUUGUUCAACAUUAUGCAUAAUUAUUACAUUCUUUUGCUGCAAGAGAACCGAAAGUCGCAAAAGAAUCGUUUCAUUGGAAGAUCUCGCACCAGCACCACCAGAUAUAUCCGAUGAUCCGCGAAUACUCUAUCCUGCAGCUAUGUUACCGGUUGUAGAAAACGCAGAACCGGUUGAGGAAACGGAAUUAAAUGCUCGAACAAUUGCUAUUUGCCUUAAUCAAUUGCAACAUGCUACUAUAUGA